GAGAGAAUGGUGACAUUUAGGGUUUGCGACAAGGAUCCGGCGCAGGUGAAGCAAUCUCCGCCAGGCCGCGGCCAUUUCCUGGAGGGAUUCAAGGAUUUCCGGCAGGAGGGCUGCUACCAGGUGUUGCAAGGCACUAGCGUCGACGCGAGUGCCUUUCAUCCACAGAAGAAUGGCUUCGUCGCAAGCGCAAUCAAAGCUUACAGCUCUCACCACAAUCUGGUAAUUCGCCCCGACGAUGUGUGGCUCGCCAUCGCCAUCCAGUUUGGAUUCUUCGUCAAUGGCAAUGCCGAGGCGCUGCGAUCCAUCUUUGUGGAUCACCAGGGCAAGAAGGAGCUGGUUGUGUCCCAGGCGGCCGCGCUCCACAGCGCCGACUAUGGGCUCCUGGCGAGGGAGAUGAGCGUGGAGCUCAAGAAGAAUAUCAGGGACGGGAAGGUCUGCGACUGGAUCUUGCCGAGCUUCUCGACUACAACCAAGAACGAUGUGGUGGUGGGCAGUGUGGUUCUCAUGGCAACCUUCAAGAGCUACUUCGAAUACAAGUUCCAACUUUUGUGCGGGAUUCCAUACGUGACUCUCCUGGGAACCACCGAGGAUUGGGAAGAAAUCGAUCGGAGGAUCGACGAACUGGACAAGUAUGGGAGCGAGUGCCAGAAGUGGCGUGUCAUGCUCAAGAAAAUCACUGCCCAGUUGGUGGAGAGCAGCAAAGGCAACGUUGACACGGACUUUUGGAACAGAAUUUGUCACCACUUGGGAGGAGGAUCGGGGCCGACAUACAUCUCCGGCUGGAUCUCUUCCUUCUGUGUUUUUGACAGCGAUGGAAAGUGGCGUGGCGAUCAAAAGAGUUACCGGGAUCUCUUCUCCGGGGACAAAGCUGUGGAGCUUGAGUAUCCGUUCAUCGACGACAGCAACAUUGCUCCCGGCUACCUCACGCUGGAUGUCAAGGUGGACGACAACGGGAAAACUUACGAGGCUUUCAUGUUUGCGGGACACAUGGGAUACGAAGUUGUGAAGGAUGACAACAAAGGGAUUGCUCCAAAAGCUGUCUGGGCCAUGACUCUCAAGGACAAGGCCAAGGCAAAUCCCAGCCAUGAUGGCUUCUUUUAGUUUGUAGAAACCUGCAAGCUUUGGGAUCAUGCAGGAAUCGUUCAAAGCUUGAGUUAGGCCGGACGAUCAUGAUGUCGCACGGGCAGAGAUGGAAAAAUAUUGACAAAAUAGUGUGUUGUGAGGGUGUUGGUGUCUGAUGAGGUCAUGAAUAUGUGGUGGCUCUAAAUGUGGAGGUUAGAUUUUCAAUGUAAAAGAAUUCAGCCAAAACUGUAGUAGGGAAUUCUUCCUACUACAAUCUUUGGACAAUUGUUGAAAAAAUGAGGAACAAAAAAGUAAUUCCAUAUA